CGAAAGAAGCAUGAAUAAAAGUAAAUGAGGUGAAAACAACUUGAAAAAAAAAGUUUAACAAAAAGUUGUAAUAAUGAUAAAAAAGAAAAAUUGUUUAACAAAUCGACCUUUUUCUUUGAUUUUUUUGUUUUUAAGCCAGGUUGAAGCAAGAGUACAAGACCAAGUGUUUUACUGGCCAAUAAAACCAUUUAUAUUUAUGAAAGAUAAUAAUACAAUAGAUGGAAUAUUACCACUUUUGUAUAAUCGAUUAACGGAGCUAUGUAGUCCUAACAAAAAUCUAGCUCGCUAUAUAUUAGUUAAUGAAACUUUUAAUCAAAAUAAGUAUUACAAAAGUAUAGAAAAAGCAUUUUUUGAUAUGCAGGGUUCGCCAAAUAUAAGUAAUGCAAUAUGGUUCCCUUUAUUUAUUUGGCCGGAUAAUAUGUACUUGACUCCUUAUAAUGUAAAAUCACACUUAUUUACGUUUUCUCCAAAUAUUGGUGUUAUUGCUAAUAAAAAUAAAAUAACAAUUACAAAUAAAAUUGUUGAAUCCAUCAAAAAAAGUUCUUCAAUUGCCUUGCAUGCUGUUGGUUUUAUUUUGAUCUUCGCAGCACUAGUGUGGUUAGCAGAGAAUAAAACAAAUGAGAACUUCAACAAAAUUUAUUUAAAAGGAUUUGGUACAGGUCUUUGGUGGGCAAUCGUUACUCUCUCAACAGUUGGGUAAGCAAUCUUUUUUAGAUUAAAAUUUACAUAUACUAAAA